GCGGCCUCCCGCUAUUGGAGGAAGCCGGAAGACGGAGCGCUGCGAUUGGCUGCGGGGAGCGGAUCGGGGCCCACACGCUAGGCGGGAGCCGGAGGGACGCGGGACGGGAGUGCGGCCGCAGCCAUGUGGAGCGGGCAGGGCACUUUCGACACCGGGUACGGCAGCGCGGGCGCCGCGAGGCCCGCGGGCGGCUUCACCUCCCCCGCCGGCGGCUUCAGCUCCCCGGCCGGCACCCAGGCGGAGAAGAAGCAGCGGCUCCGCUCGCAGAACAUCGUGCCCUGCACCGUGUCGCAGCUGCUGGCGGCCGAGCAGGUGGAGGAGACCUUCCGCAUCGGCGAGGUGGAGAUCGCCCAGGUCACCAUCGUGGGGAUCAUCCGGCAUGCGGAGAAGGCACCGACCAACAUCCUGUACAAGGUGGACGACAUGACGGCAGCCCCGAUGGAUGUCAGGCAGUGGGUCGACACCGAUGAAGCAGGUAGCGAGAAUGUGGUGGUACCUCCAGGAACUUAUGUCAAAGUUGCUGGUCAUCUUCGCUCUUUCCAGAAUAAGAAAAGUUUGGUGGCGUUUAAGAUCAUGCCUCUGGAAAACAUGAACGAGUUCACCACACACAUGGUAGAGAUUGUCAAUGCACAUAUGAUCCUCAGGAAAAAUCUUAUGUCAGCAUCAAAAGCACCUCAGUCCUUCGGCGCUGGGAUGGGUAACGUGGGGGGCUAUGGAGGAGGUGGCAGCCUGCCAGUGAACGGGCUCACAGCGCACCAGACUCAGGUGCUGAACUUGAUUAAAAGCUGCCCUGUGCCAGAAGGUAUGAGUCUUCAAGAGCUGAAGGUUCAGCUCCACAACGUGAGCAUGUCAACCAUCAAGCAAGCUGUUGAAUUCCUUAGCAGCGAGGGACACAUCUACUCCACUGUGGAUGAUGAUCACUACAAGUCAACGGAUGCUGAGUGAAGCUGCUUCCAGCUGGAUUUAGUUCUAAGCAAAUGCUCAUCCAUGAUUCAAGUUACCCUGCUGAGCUUUGCGACAUGGAAGGUGGUCUUUGCCCUUUCUAACCUCUAGAAGUCCCAGUUAUCCUGAGCACCUCCUCCUUGGAAAUCAAGGAUAAGCAGAACAUGUAGGAUUCUAUGAAGUGCAGUCAGUUAUAUGCUGUGACUGAAAGCAUGGACAGAUAUAGGCAGACUGAACUCCUCAAAGCUUCGGAGCCUUCAGUCUGUGUUUGACUCCUUAGAGGAUGCCUGUGUUAGAAAGAACCUCUUUCAAAUCUUGUCCUGUCUUUUGUUUCUAGAGCUGUUUCCCCUGACUCAGCUUUCAUUCCAUUUCCUUCACAAAGUGGGUAGCCCAGAGUAAGAUUCCAGUGAUGUACAGUAAUCAUGAUUAGAUUUUUCCCUGGUUUACUUUAUACAGUUAAAUCUGUGUUUGUAUUAUGAGGUGAUCUGGUUACUAGAGCUUUUGAACGUUUCCAGUAAACUUCUAACUUGGGUAGCCUUGUC